GAGCGCUCGCGUCCCACGCGCCCGCUGCCCGUCACCGCCUGCUCGUCUGCCCCCGCACGCAGCUCGCAGGAGAAAUUUGGAAGGCAGCAUGCACGCCUCGGAAGGCCGAAAGAACCAAUCGGCCCAACCCGGCCCAACUUCCUUCCCUCGUUCCCAGGCCAACGGAUUGAGAGGGAAAGGGAGGCGACCGCCGCCUGCCCGCCUCCGCUCUGCUCCACCGAAGCGAAGCGCCACCUCCCAAGUGUUUCGAAUUCUCCUCUCGCGGCCAGCCUCCUCCUCCUCCCGUCUACUGGCACGGGAUGGCCUCAAGUGGAGGAGACCCUUCAGGACUCGUCGGCCGAGGAGUAUGCAUGAUGAGCACCUCGUGGAGAGACAAGCAGCACCCCAACCUCAUCAACUUCAUGGCCACAUUCCUCGCUGCAAACUCGUACCGCCUCAACUUCCUGUCAGUUUCUCCGGACUUCAUCUUCAACAAUGGGGGCACAUCUGUUGCUUUUGUCUUUGAGACGAAUUGGGAUUCUGAAAAGGAAGCUGCUGUCUUCAGCAGGGUGAAUACACUGAAGAGGCAGUUCAAACAUCUUUAUGUUGUUGUUGUCCUUCCCACAGGAGAACAAAUUGAAUCAUUUAACCAAUCAUAUUUCAAGUACGGCAUGGUGCUUGGCUGUCCUACAUUUGUGCCUGUUUGUGAUCCAGAGAUGGGAUUUGAGAAGAUUGUAAAGAUAGCUCAUGCUCGUGGAGUAUGCAAACAGCAAGACAUUAUCACAACUAUGAGGAAUGAGCGGGCGCAAGCUGUUCAGUGCAUGGAUGCAUUUUUACGAGUGCUAACGUCCAUUCCUGGUAUUGACACUCAUGAUGCAAAUGCGCUUGCCCAAGCUAUUGGCUCCAUUGAAGCAAUUGCAAAGGCAUCCAAGGAAUUCAUCCUGGAAAACACUGAUCUUUCCACUGAAAAGGCACAGAGGAUUUUCAGGUUCUUCAGGGAUCCACAGUACUACUUAAGCCCUAAAAUCAACUAAUAUUUGCAGUCUCCUGAUUUGCAGGCAAAGUCAUACCGAUUGAUUCGAGCCCGUCCCUGUUGAAGCUGGCAAAUUAGUGUGGCGAUAGUUGGAUGCAUCCCGGGCAAGCUGUAAUUCUGCAAUAGCCAACUCGCGAUAUAGCGGAAGACGAAUGAUGAUGCCGCACUGUGACAGACACUGUAGAACUCGUGCAUUCUGUAGUUCUGAACUUUUGUUUCUGUGUAGCAUCCCAUCCCCGUUUCCUUCAUUAAAAGAAAAGAUGAUCUCUGUUUCUUGGGUU